UGAUAGAGCCAUAACAUACACAGCAUUUAUACAGCACUAUAAUCUGUUUGUACUUAUAAAUGAUAGAUUGUUUUUACGAUUAAUAUAGAAAUGACUGGGAUUUUCCUAUGUACUUAUGCCGCGCCAUUUCGUCUCCGCUAACAGGAAAACUCCUCUCCUGUUCUCCCUAUAUAUUUAAAAAUACACACUUUGAUCGUAAGUGACGUUGCUGCACGCUGUUGCAGAUUGUGAAGUUAGAUUCUCUUGUUGAGAAAAUCUGUGCUUAAUUUCGGGAAACUGAGUGCGAUGUGAGCGCCCCAUGAAACAUGUCCUCAGCGAAGAAGAAACUAGAGAGACGAAGGGUGGUCAGAAAGAGAAGUGAUAGAUACGAGUUUUACUGUUGUUACUGCAGUCAUGGAGCAGACAUUUUCAGUGAUGCCAUUUCACAUGUAAUAAACAAUCACAGCCAUUUAGAAAUCAGAAUUGGUAAAAAGUCAGGGCAGGCAACAAGUGAAAACUCCCGACCACUCAUUCAUAUCCGCCAAUGGGACGUCGUACCAAGCACAAUUCACUCUGAAGGUCACAUCAUCCAAGCCGACGAUGAAACGGAGAAACUGGAAGUUUGCGAUCCUCUCAAAAAGUCUACUAGGAGUGUCAGUUUUUAAUCAAUACGAGAGACAACAUGUGAUGACAGAGAGGAGGGGGGGGGGUGAAGAAAUGAGAUGCAUACUUAUUGCGAUUGCAAUGUAGACAAGACGUCUACUUUUUCAAUAUCUUUUUUUAACUUGACAUUCCUUCAUGGACAGGCAACACUAACAAAGUGUCGGAGGAAUCCAUAUUGGUUGUACUACAAUAUUUAAGUUGUUACAAAUAAAACGAAGACGCCCUUCCUACCACGAUUGCUUCUCUGAAGUUUAAGAAAUCUUGAUCAAUGGAAAAUCGAAUAUUUCAUGUCUAGAAUGGGAUCACAAGUUUCAUAUUAAACAUAACCAUUCCAUAUACACACCGAAAUCUCUGGCAACCACAAGUAUUGCAGAGUGGGUGUUGCUACAUGUAAAACUCGGAAUGGAAAAUGGAACGGAACGGAAAAUAUUGUAUGCAAUUAUGUUACGAUGAGGUCAGCAUUUUGUAAAAUCAGAAGAUUUAUCAUGAACAAUGGAAGUAAAAAUUAUAUGGAGAACGGGAAGUCAUCCUCAGAAUCCAACGUUUUCUAAUACUUCACACUAAUGAAUAUGUAUCUUAAAGUCAUUAGAACUUAUUAUGAAAAAAUUAAUUGGGUAUCACCCCUUUUCCCGACUUGGUCAUUUUCUGACAUCCCCCUAUUGCGACACUGUUGUUUCACAAAUACAAAAAAAAUAUAUAUAAAUACUAAAAUAGAUUUGAAGUAUAAUGUAACCCCAUUUCAAAUUUUAGUGCUUUAUUCUGCCUGCCAUCUUAACAAAGAGUGUAUGAGCCUACCCAAUGAAGAAAGGGUUUUCACCCCCACCCCACCCCACCCACAAAGCCUUUUAAAAUUGAACUUGCUUUUAAUCGAACUAGAUAUUUAUAAGAUAAUUGAAAUUGAUUUUAGUUAUACGCGUGGUAUGAUAUACAUGUACAUAAUUUUCUAUGUAUCACAUUACAUUUUAAAGCGAACGAGUCCGGUAUGUAUAAAGUGUUUGUCUCAUUUGGGAUCAAUUUAUGUAAAGUGAAAGUUCGUACAUGUACCGAUAUCCUGCGGAUUGGUGUUGAACCCGAUAAGAUACAGAAGAAAAAUACGAAUGAAACAGAACCAAUGAAAACUAAGGCGAAGUUUAUGACCCUAGUAAGAGGAAUUAACAAAUUUAUUUCAUAAAUACAUGUACCCCCCCUUUCUGACUUUUUCCAAGUUGUACAUAUGUUUGGGUCUAUUUUUAUAUGCCAUAAUUUGUCACUAGUCAAAAUAUGUCAGAUGACACAUUUUUGCUCUCAGGUGCUAAUUUUGAGAUGUGGCAAUUUGUCAUUAUACAUUGUCUGUACAUUUUACUUGUAUGUAACUUUUACUUAUAUUUGAAUCCUAGUUUGUGUUUCCUUUACUGUCAUUUAUUGUAUAUGUAAUAAAUGACCUGUUUUAUUUUUUAAA